UGUACAUUUAUUAUCACAAAGUUAAGUUACGUCUACUUUCUUAAUAUAAAAUCGUCUAAACGUACUAUGGGCAUCACAGAAACACCUCAAAUGGCAGUUUCCGUAUGCAAUAAUAGUUCCAAACUAACAUUGGAUUUAUUUAGUGGCAUUUUUCAACGUAUUGAACCUGAAGUACAAAUCGAUUCAUUUGAAGUAAAACAAGGAUCUGGUCGUGGUGAUAAUUAUACGGCCACAUUAUAUCGCAUACACUUGACAGGUCAACGAAAAUGUGCGGAUGAUGGCAAGAAACAAAAAUGGGAAAAGAAUUUGAUAUGUAAACGCUUGCCCGAAAAUUUACAAUUGCGAGAAGCCUACAAAAGCGAUAAACUUUUUAGAAAUGAAGUAGAAUUUUAUACCGCCAUUAUGCCAGAAUUACUAAAAUUUCAAGCCACCAAAACUGAUGAAGUAUUUAAAGCAAUGCCAAAAUGUUUUUAUGCUCAAUCCGAUCUACUAAUAAUGGAGGAUCUACGAAUACGAGGCUUUGAAAUGCCCGAUCGCAAGCAGGGCUUAACUGUGGAUGAAACGCACAUGGUAUUGAAACAAGUAGCACAAUUGCAUGCUUUAAGUUUGGCCUAUAAAUUUGAAAAUCCUAAACAAUUGGAGAAUUUACGAAAAACUACCGAAGAAGCUUUAUUCAGCAAUGACAAUGCGAAUUGGUAUAAAAAUUAUUAUGAGACCCUGACAAAGAAUGCCAUUAAAAUGGUUUCCGAUGUGUUGCCCGAAGAUUCCAAAUAUUUACAACUAUUUAAAGAGUUUGCUGAAACUUCAACAUUUUUCUCGCGCAUGAUACGUUUGGUUAGUGAAGAGUCAGCUUUGACGGCAUUUUGUCAUGGCGAUUGUUGGGCUAAUAACUUUUUGUAUCGUUAUGAAUUGAUGCCCAAUGGUGAAAAGAAAGUUUUAGAGGUUUGUUUAGUGGAUUUCCAAUUGAUACGUUACAGUUCCAUAGCCUUAGAUGUGGCCAACUUAUUAUUCUGUUGCACUAGCAAAUCGAUGAGAGAUGUAUAUUUGGAAGAUUUUAUAAAACUGUAUACAGCAGAAUUAUUUAGAUGGUUGGAAACUUUAUGCAGUCGUAUACCGGACUUUUGCAAUAGCGUAGAGAAAUUGGAUCAAAUUUUCCGACAGGAACUUAAAACCUAUGGACGCUUUGCUUUGGGCCUCUCUUUGGACAUUAUACCCAUUAGCACCUGUUCCUCUGAGGAUGCCCCCGACAUGUACGAUCAUUAUGACGACGAUUCUACAUUAAAGUGUGAAUAUGGUGCACCUGAAUUAAAUUUUCCGCCCAACGAUUUGUGCCGCCAAAAAAUGUCAGAAAUUGUUAUAGACAUGGUUGAUAACGGUAUGCUCUAAACUA